AUGGCAGAGGGUGAGGGCGAUGACCUUGUAGAUGAUGUUGUAGAAAUAAUCAUACUCAAGUUGCCCUUGAAAUCUAUACUGAAAUUUCGAUGCGUCUCAAAAAAAUUGAGCUGUAGAAUCUCUGACUAUAGAUUCUCCCGAAGGCACUAUAAAUUAGCGCGUUGCCAGAAAACUGUGAAUCACAGGCUCAUCAUCAUCUCCUCAUCUCAAAUGGAAUCCUUGGACCUCCAGGCGAAGUCAUCAUCAAUUAGAAAGCUUACCUGCCCAUUCUUGGAACUCGAGCAAUGGCGGUUUCUUCAAGUCACGCUACUGGUCUCUAGUAGUGGUUUGGUAUGUGCAAGUCUCGAUCCUCAUAAAAACUUCAUCUUAUGGAAUCCAUCAACCACUUUCUUCAGCAAAUUACCCGACCCAGAUCUUGGUGGUUAUUUUUCAGAGGAAGAAGCAGAAGAAGUUGAGUUUAGUGUUUAUCACUACGGCUUUGGUUGUGUGUCGGCUACUGACGACUAUAAACUUUUGAUAUGGUUUCGGAUUAACUCUGAUUUCGAGGAGCUCUUAAUAUUCUCAUGGAAGAAUCAAAUUUGGAGAGCCAUUUCCGGUGCCCCAAAGUGGAUCAACCGCAUAACCCAAAGUCAGGGGGCUCUUUCAAAUGAAAAACUUCACUGGCACUUCGAUCAGAAUAAUGGGCUCUAUGAAUCACAUGAGGAGGAAGAUUGCAUCCUUACUUUUGAUCUGGAAAAUGAGGAGUUUGGAAAACUUUCGCUGCCUGAUUUUGAUGAUAAUGAUGAUCAUCUAGAGUAUGCUAAUCUUUUGGGGGUCUCCUGUGAAGGAUGCCUAUACGUGUUGCAUCAUAUGGAGGACUGGUUCUCUAGUAUGACAUCUGCUAGUAUUUGGUACAUGAAAGAAUAUGGGGUGACUGACUCGUGGAGUAAGCUCUUUGAUUUAAAGAUUUCCCAUGAGCCUCUUGAGCCGAUAACUUGUCUCGGUCCAAUCUUUUUCAUGGAGAAAUCAUCAGCCUAUGGCUAUGGGAACAAGUUCACAGAGAUCAAGUAUCAGCAUCAGCCUCAGCCUCACAUAGAUUUGCUGAAGCGAGAAAACCUACUUGACAUGAUUGUAUGUGAAGAGACUCUGUCUCGAUGA